AUGAGCAGCUCCUGUGUGACACUGGCCGAGGUCCUGUGGGCAAAAGGAAGCCCUUUGGAGGAAGAAGAAAUAUGGGCACUCUUGUACCUGGCCACAGUGCAGCUUCUGGAGGACCUUCACAAAGACCCUGUCAUCUGUGUGAUUUGUCCAUGGUCAGUACUACUGUCUGCUGAAGGAAAUCUGUCCUUCCAAAACAAUGCACCUCAGAUGGAAACCGUCCCUUUCAGUGCACCGGAAUUGCUCCACAGACAAAGUAAAAACCAGCGCAUUGGACUAACAAAGAUGUUGGUGUAUUCCUUAGGAAUGACCGUCUAUUGGUCAGCAGACUACCAGGUUCCUCCAAACCAGUCUCUCCAGCUGAGUGACCAACUACACACACUCUUGCUGACACUAUGUGAAGAUCUGCCACAUAAAAGACUUUCUCCUGAAUCAAUUCUGGAAGUAUGUGAGGCACAUCAGAAGGAAUCUGCUUCCUUCCCAGCAAAUGUCUACAUAAAGAAAAUGGUCCAGUUUGCUGUGGGAAGUGAGGUAGAGCGGGUAGUCACUGAAGACAGCACAGCCUCUCAGCUUAACAGAAGUCAUGUGAUAAGGAAAAGACUGCAUGAGAAAAUAUCAGACACCUCACCACUGUCCUCCCAGAUGAAUUUUCACCAAGACAAAGGGUCCAGAUUAAUGAAUUACAGUCGGUCAACAGAGGAUUACAGACAACUAUCUGUGGACUACAGUGACUCUAAUAGUAUUUCUGAAAGUACCUCUUUGAUACUAUCUAACCGAGGACACAGGAGAGCUGUUUAUUCCCUGGUUGCCAUGCCACCACUCUUUCUUGCUUUAUGCCCACUUUGCCAGGUGAAGCUAUUCAGCAGAUCACAGGCAAAGUCUGGCAGCAUGUUUCUGGCACUUGGGUUCUUGAAACAGAUGAGAAAUGGUGAAGCUACCCCAGAAAUGCAUAUGUUUUCAGGUCCAGAAUUUAUUAUUUUAUCUAGUGAACCACCAGUGACCUUACAGCUACCUGGAUCAAUUGUGACUAAAAAAGGGAAAUCCUAUUUGUCCCAAAGGGAUCUCAAUGUGAUUCUACUCAACGGGCAGUGCCUUGAGGUGCAGUGUGACAUCAAGUCCAAGGCAAGAGAUGUUUUCAACACCGUGGUGGCAUAUGCGAACUUGGUGGAACACUUCUACUUUGGCUUGGCUUACCUGAAAGGUAAAGAAUUCUUCUUUUUGGAUGAGGAGACAAAACUCUAUAAAGUGGCCCCGGAUGGCUGGAAUGACCAACCCAAGAAGAAAACCUCAUUUCUAAGGAUAAAAUUCUUUGUCAAUCACUUUAAUGUUAUCCAGCAUGGCUUGACAAGGCACCAGUUUUACCUGCAGCUUCGUAAAGAUAUUUUGGAGGAGCGAUUAUAUUGCAAUGACGAGACUGCCCUGAAACUUGGCGCUUUGGCUUUACAGGCAGAGCUUGGCAAUUAUGCUUCUGAGAUGCAUGGAAAGAGCUAUUUUCGUGUGGAAGACUACAUUCCAGUAAGCCGAAUAGAGAAAAUGACCCUGGCAUACAUACAGCGAGAGCUUGCUAAAUUACAUCGUAUGAAUCGUUCCCUAUUUGAGGAUGAAGCUGAACUAGAAUUUUUGAAGGUGACUCAGCAGCUUCCUGAAUAUGGAGUGCUAUUCUAUCGUGUGUCCCAAGAGAAGAAAGCAGCAGGAGGGGACAUAAUCCUGGGAAUCUGUGCCAAAGGCAUCAUUGUGUACGAGGUCAAAAAUCACACAAGAAUUGCCAGUUUAAGAUUCCAGUGGCGUGAAACAGAGAGAAUUUCAGCUCAUAGAAAAAAAUUCAUGAUUGAAAGCAGUUUCAGUGGCAAGAAGCACACCUUCAUUACUGAUACAGCAAAGACAUGCAAAUAUCUACUGGACCUCUGCUCUGCCCAGCACAAGUUCAAUGCACAGACGAAUUCCAGGCAACUUCGGCAAACUUCAUCAGAGGAAAGUAAAUUUAUGGAAAUAGACAAAUCAAAUUCUGCAUAUGGAGCUCAACGUGAACACCUUGCCCUGGUUCAGAGACUGUCUCGUUCAGAGAAUGUGCUUUAUGGAGCAAAUCUGGAAAACCUUUCUGCUGGGAUGAUGAGCAAAUCUUGUGAUAACCUCAGCGUGGAAACCAACAACAGGACGAGAGACAAAAGCAAUCUUGGCAGAUCCACAUCAGGGCUAUCCCAGUCAGAAAUGCACAUCAAUCUGAAUGGAAAGCAAAGGAGUUAUGACUACCUCUCUAUCCACUCAACUCAGAACACAAUCAGUGCACCUGGAUCACCAGCCAUCCAAAAGGAAGUUUUGCUGAGUGGUCUAGAAAGAGAAAUCAUUUGUGUCAGCCUAAAACGUGACCCUAAGAAUGGAUUUGGUUUUGUAAUUAUUGGAGGAGAAAAUGUAGGAAAAUUAGACCUCGGUAUUUUUAUUGCUUCAAUUAUCCCUGGGGGACCUGCAGACAGAGCUGGAAAUAUCAAACCAGGAGGACGACUCAUCUCUGUGAAUAAUAUUAGCCUAGAGGGUGUUUCAUUUAAUACCGCAGUUAAAAUCAUACAGAAUUCUCCUGAUGAAGUGGAGCUUAUAAUCUCUCAACCCAAAGACAUGUAUGAAGAAGGAUUAAAUGAAGAAAAGAAUAUAUCAAGAGGAAAUAGCACUAGUGGAUCUGAGAUCUCUUGUGCAGACAGUGGGAGAAAAAAGAUUCAGGACUGUCAUACGGCUCUCCCCAAAGAACAGGACAUAAAUAUAGAUGAACUUGAGGAGGCUCUUUCCUGGAGUUUAGCACCAAAAUUGGGCCCUAAGAUUCCAGUUCCUGCAGCUGAAGGCCUGGUUGUGGAGGAAGCUGAUUCUUCACACUUACCAUCUCCAUCUGAAACCAACUCAAAGAAAAUCUAUACUGUGGAGCUUGUUAAAGAAGACGGGACUUUUGGAAUCAGUGUGACUGGUGGAAUUAACACUAGUGUGCGUCAUGGUGGGAUAUACGUGAAGUCAAUUAUUCCCAGGGGACCAGCAGAUAAGGAAGGACAAAUAAAGACAGGUGAUCGUCUUCUGGAAGUAGAUGGCAUCAGCCUCUGUGGCAUCACCCACAAACAGGCUGUGGAACACCUUAAGAAUUCUGGUCAGGUUGCCAAGCUGGUUCUAGAAAGGGGAAACUACCAAUUGGCAGAACCAUGCCUGACUGCUAAUGACAGAAAGGAGGACCAGUGUGCAGUUGUUUCUGUGGCAACAUCCUUCACAGAUGGUAACAAGGACUACUGCAUUUCGACAGAUGGUGAGCGAUUUGAAGUCAAAUUGACAAAGAAUUCUGGAGGCCUCGGCUUUAGUGUUCUGCAGAUGGAAGGAGAUGCUUUUCAACACCUUGGAGGAGCCAUUGUCAGGAUCAAAAGACUGUUUCCAGGGCAGCCAGCUGAAGAGAAUGGUGAAAUUGAAGUUGGAGACAUCAUUUUGGCUGUGAAUGGGAAACCUAUUCAAGGACUCUUGUAUCAGGAUGUCCUGCAUUUGUUGCGAGGAGCUCCUCCAGAAGUCACACUACUACUUUGCAGACCACCAAAAGGUGUUCUACCAGAAAUAGAGCAGAGUACCCUGACUCCAGCACCAUCUCCAAUCAAGGAGUUUGUGACAGAAAUGCCAGGCAGUACAGAGGUAGGAAAUAGUAUGGAUCAGUCUACCAGUGAUGGAGGUAGCACUUCUCCAGACCUUGAAGACUGCCUGGAUUCUCCUGUAGCAGCAGAUUUCAAUGAGCCUCCUGAAGAAGACAGCUCAACUUAUGAAGAGCAGGAAGCUGAGUUUCAAGAGAAACACAUACAGAAACUUGUGACUCCCAGGAAAAGUUUCUAUACAUAUCUUCGGAAGUUUCACCAAGAAGCUGCCAAUUUGGAAGCUUUCCACUCCCUAGAGGAAGAAGUGAAGCAGAACUGCUACUCACCAUGUGAAUCUGGACAUGCUAAAAGGUAA